AUCACCGAUCGGGUUUUACAAAAAUCAACUAAUUUUCCGUGAAAAAAACAAGUUUUAUCUUACCGCAAACGAUGGACGACUGCGUCGAGAUCAAUUCUUCCGACGAGGAGAUACAGCAAGUGGCCCGCGGUAGCCGUGAGGCAGAACGGAUUGGCAUAUCUUCGGCGUCCUGUUCGCCGCAACCAUCGUCCGAUCGACCCAGCACACCGGUAUCGGCGAACCUGCGAUAUUCUAACCAGGCCGUACACCGAAUGUCCCGUCGGAACGAAAAUGGUCAGCUGAAAAAGUUGGAAACCGAUCCGAAAUUCCUGGCCAAUUUCAAUCCGAACACAUCCCGCCGGGAGAAGCGAAAACUGAACCGAAAAUCUACGCCGCUGGUGGUGCCGAAGACGACGGGAAUCUACAACGAAAAAGGUAUCCACCGGGACUCCUGCCGGGAUAUGUGCGAUUGUUUGGACAUGAGCUGCCCCGGGUGCCACUUUCCGUGCCAGUGCUGUGGGAGCUCCAAGUGCGGGCCGCACUGUCGCGUCACGCGCAAGUGGAUGUACGAGAGUAUCGAACAUGACGCCAAGGAUUUGGUGAUUAGAAAUAAGUUGAUGAUAAAGAAGUAAUUUAGAGUAUUAGAUUAAUAUAAGAAGAUAAGAGAUUAUCCGACUGUGUGAAUGACCACGUAUUAACU